UUGGUCGAUACGUUGUGGUUACAAAACAGGCAAACAUGCAAAAGAAACCCGCCGGAGGAGUUUUCUCCUUUUUUAAGACAGAAACUGGACGUAAAAUUGUUUUCUAUGCAGCAGGCACAACCACAGUCGGUCUAUUUUUGGCCAACUUUGUGCCACACACAUUUGGACUGAAAUAUUACCGCGACUUUGUGCAAUGCUAUCAAAAUGGCAUUGAACGUGAGGUGCCGCAAGCAGUUCUGCAACGUAUAGAACAGGCAAUGGAUAAACUGCAAUUGGAAAAGCAUGAACGGCAGUUUGUCAAACCAUUUACCGUGUUCGGUUUCGAUCUGUUUCAAGCAGGCACAACGAAAUUUCGCUUUGGUGCUAUUUUGGGAAUACCCGUAAAUUACGGCUAUAACAGUAUUGGAGAGAUCAAGCGCGCGGACAUACGCUUUCGAGAUCGUCAAAUCGAUUGGAGCUCGGAGAGUGGUAAAUUGUUAGAGCAAGCAAUUGUGUUGACCGAGGAUGAGCAGGUUUUUGGACUGUGCAAAGCAAUUCUCCAACUGCAAACGCAUCGCGUUCUUCUGAACUCCAUUUUCCCCAGCUUAAACUUCUUCAUGGUCUAUACGGCUGGACACUUUUUGAAUCUACGUCUUAAGUUGUUUGCGCGCCAUGGCAGUAUCCGCUUUGUUAUGUACAGCAUUCUGGGCUUAUUUGGUUUGGGCAGUUGGUCAUUUAUGAAGGACUUCAACCAGGUAGCCGACGAUGCGACGAUUGACAAACAACUUGCCACGCUUGGACCAGAAUUUGUAGCCGCCGGCAUUAGGUAUUACGAUAAGCAUCUAAAGAAAAAUAUUGCACUACGAAAUCUCAUUGGAGAUGAUACCUAUACGGCUAUGGGCAACGAAAACUAUAUGCUGCGCCAGAAAUCAAUGCCGCUGACGGCACGCAAAUCCUUCUUCGAGGAGAAAUGGCAGCAGAUGCAAACAGAGGCGACGGCAACGGCGACGCAAUAAAUAAUGUUGUUAUAUAAUAAACUAUUUGUUUCA